UGUGAUGUCCUUCAGUUUCAUUUAUCUCUCAUCACACUCUGUGGUCAGAUUGAGGAAACGACUAUCUGCACUUUAGGAGGAAUGUAGGCAGAAGGCAAAAUGUUCUCAGUAAAGUUCCUCACAAUGCUGCUGAAGAUGGUCCUGCUGCUGCUGCUGUUCUUUACAUUCAUUUCAGGAGAGCCUCUGCCAAACCUUGGAAUCUAUUCUCCAAUGAAUGGUGAAGUUAUUGAAGUAGAACUUGGCACAGCUGCAUUGAUUACUUGUACAGCAGUCAUAGAUUCCUGUGGAAGUUCACUUUUCUGGUUGAGAAAAAAUGAAUUUGUAGAAAGAAAUGACACCCUUCGGUAUUUCUACAAUUUUACAAACCCAUGCAAUAUUAGUGAAGAGAUGUCCCAUUGGAUGAACGCGUCUCUAGUCUUCAGAGAAGUGUUGGAGGAGGAUCUGUCUACUAAUUUUACCUGCAAACUUGAAAGUGAUGAAUUCACACGUUUUGCCACAAUCACCCUCAAUAAAACAGCUGGCCUCUCUUAUUCUAUCAUAACUGUAUGCGCAGUGUGUAUCACGGUGGUGAUGGCUGUGACCAUUUUUAUACUUGUGAAGUUUAAAGUGGAUGUAACCCUUUUCCUGAGGGACAGCAUUGGUUUAAAAUGUUGCCAACAAAACACCUCAGAUGGGAAAAUCUACGACGCGUUUUUAUUGUGUUACAAAAGUGUCACUGAUGGAGGACUGAGUGAAGAAGACAGGAAAUACCUGGCGAGUACUUUGGAAGAUCAGUUCGGUUACAGCCUCUGUCUUUAUGAUCAAGACGUAUUACCUGGUCAAGCUGUGGCUGAGGCCGUGUUAGACUGCAUAGAUGAGAGCCGGGCUGUGAUUCUGGUUCCCAGCUUUCCGGAUCCUGAGCUAGGAAGCGAGGUGCUGAGUGCCAUCCAUGCUUCUCUUGCGGAGAAGAAGACGCGCUUGAUUUUCAUAAACACGGAGCAGAUGGAGGCCUCGACAUCAGGCUCCUUUCCAGAGGCUUUGCAGCUUCUCAGUAAGGCUGGAAAUAGCGUCACCUGGAAGGGAGGUCCACCCUCCUCCUCCUUCUGGAAGCAGCUACGUUAUCACUUACUGGCCCCACAGCAAGCACCAAAAAUGGGCCUUUUAGAACAAGAAUUCUAAGAUGAUACCAGAUCCUAACUAAUCAGUUUACACUGCACAUACAGCAUAUGAAAUAUGAUGAACACCAAUCCGUUUGGUUAAACACAUUAAGGCAGGAUUAAACUUUGGACACUUUUGCACAUUCUCUACAUUUUAUGGUAGUUUCAAUUUAAUAAUGAUAUUGUCAGACAAAAAUGUAUUACAUGAAAUGCUCAGGUUGGUUUGCAUGUAGCUGAGUGAAUUAAGUGUUUGAUCCCUUAAAGUACAACCAGAACUCAGAUUAGUUGUGUGGCUAAUGCUGCACACGAUCAGCAAAUUAUUUAAAAAGACAAUAACUUUGUUGUGUAAAGCACUCUAGUCCACAAAAUCAAUCUAGUAAAUUUCAGCUUCUCAACCACCACAGACCACAGAACCGAAGGCCAAGACAAAAGAUCUACAGAAGGCUGGAAUUGACUCCAAACACAUCAGCUAGAAGCUUGGUGAUUUAAAAGUGAUGGUUGUUUGAGGAAUUAUUGGGAAAUGGUAAAAAUAUGGUCACCCUGUGUUUGGAGCUUCAUGCAGGGUCUUGGCUUGGCAGGUUGAACCACAGUAACCAAAACAAUUUAGGUAACACACUACAUCGUAACAGAUGUAACUCAGCAGGGGGUCAAAUACUUCCCUUAUAUUCCCCACUGUGCAUGUAGACUACAGAGUACCACAGUGACAUUAUUAGCUGGGAACACCUGAUCUGUGAAAAUUAUUCAUUGGUAUUGUAUUGCAUUAAUUCCACUUUAUUACUUUGAGUCAUCCAAGUAAUGUGAUUUUUAGCACAAUACAACUGAAUAGAAGAAUGUGAAGUUAAAUCUGUCAUAAGUUUGUUGUUUUGUACACGGACAACUCAGGUUUAGGCCUUCUAACUGACUGCUUUUGCUCAGAUCUCUUUUAGAAAUGUUCUCACUGGAUCAUUUAGAUCUGGUCUAAAUAGUCUAAAUAACUUUCCAUUCCAACCUGUGGAUUCCAAGAAUCUGUAAACUAUGGGGAAUAUAUGACUUUUCUCAUUGUACACUGUUUGUAGGAAACCUUCCAGCAGAUGUGAAAAGUUUCUUCUACGAUGAUACAAAAAAUAGAUGUAUCUAGUAAUUUUGCUACAUUAUAGAACACUUCAAUAUUAUAUAAAUCAUCUAACAUUCAAGAAUUAUUUACAAUUAGCUGUGGAUUGUUGAUUUGACAAGACUUUCUAAA